UCCGGCUGGAAGUGUGAUUUUUGUGAGUGUUGAGGUUAGAUGGGAAGUGGUGUUGUGUAGCGAACGGGGGGCGAGGCGCACCGCGAGUCGGCAGGCGAGGCGCGAGGCUCGCGGCGCUCGGCUGGAGGUGAGAAGGAAGAAAGGCAACCUCUGGUGGGAGUGGUCCGGAGUCCGCUAAAGGGAGACAUUCUGGGGUUCGUUGGCGGGAGGCACGUUUUGCUUUUGCUCAAGGGGCGAAUGGACAUCUACCGGGGGAAGGAGUCAGCGAUCCGGGAUCCGAGGGAAGAUGUUCUCGGGUCACAUGAAGGGGUCAGGCUGAGGUUCUUAGGCCUAGUUAGGUCCCUAGAGAACUGGAGCAAACGGGAGUCUCCUGGGAAGAGGGUUACAUUCUAAUCUACUUAAAGCUCGUACCUGCAAGUUCCUACUCUUGAGGCCUAAGUAUUACUGAUGUGUGCACAAUGGCAAUACAGGAAACAAAGGAUAAUAUCAGAAACGGAAAGAAGGUAAUUUUAAGUUACUGGUUAUGGGACAGGUUUGCAAUGCCUUCAGGAAGGAAUCAAGCUUUAAACAUCCCUUUUAAAAAUAGAAUAUCUUUAGACAGACAAAAAGUUGAAAUAAAACUAUAACUAAUACAUAUGUACUUGACACCCAACUGGAGAAAUAGUUAUUAUAUAACUGGAGUCCUUUGUCUGCUCCACCCAGUCCCGUUAUGUUCCCUCUUGACCAAGGUAACCACGCUUUUAAUUUUGGAUUACAUAUAGUGCUGUUUUGCAUAGUUUUAACAAGCAGAAAUGUGUAUAUCCUUUGGCAGCUUUCUUUAACUUAAUAUAAGAUUUGUCAGUGUUAUGUAACUCUAGUUCAUUCCUUGUAACAGCUGAACAGGUGUUCCCUUAUAUGCAUAUAUCACUAUCCAUUUUCUUGCUUUGUAUCCCCAGGACCUGGCACAUCGUAAAUACUUACAUCUUAGUUGAUUGGAUGAAUGCUGUAGCAUUUGAGCUAAAUCAUGAAGAAUGAAUAGGAUUUCAAAUGACUUAAGGCAAGGGGAAUACCAGCCAGAGCGAAAGCAGAAGCAUGAAAGUGCAUGAGGUCAAGGAUGCAUUCCAAGACAGUUCUAAAAAUAUGUCACCAACUCCAACCUUAUAGUUGACCUAGCCAUGGAAAACCUCAUUGGAACCUCAUGAGAUCAGACAAUACUGGCACUCUUAAAAACCCUUCCCAUCAAAAAGUAUCAGGAAUGAAAAUCAGGAAUGAUACAUACCUACCACUUCAAGAAAGUCUCUGUAUCAGCCAGCAGUUUAGCAGAUCAGCUAGUUUCUUUGGUCAUCAAGCAGACAUAGUCAAGCCACUAACACAAAAGAGGAAAACGUCUCUAUGUCAGUGUUUUUCACAUUAUGCAUGUGACCCAUUUAGUAGGUCAUGAAAUCAAUUUUGUGAGUCAUGACGAACAUUUUUAAAAACAAAAUAAAAUAUAAAAUAUCAGAGUGGUUUGCAUGAAUCCUUUGCCAGAAUUACACACCUUGCAAGGAAUACUAAGGUCAUAAGUUUCAAUAUGUGGAAAGAUAUUUGAUGGAGGGGAUAUGAUGAAUAGAAUGUACAUUGAUUGCGUAAGAAAUGGUUUUUCAAUCAUUUUCCAAUGAUGUCUUAUUUGGUUUUCAUAAUAACAAGGUUGAUCUGCAGUCUAGUUGUAUAUUACCAUGACUUGCAACUGUAUAUAAAGUCUGAGAUGUUCCACUGAGAUUCAUUUGCAAACUGCAAUUUUGGAAACAUGUUAUCUAGGCUGUAAAAAAAAAUAUAUAUAUAUAUAUAUACACAUAUAUAUAUUAGUGGCAAUUAUAGUUAGUGGCAAUUAUAAUAUUUUAUUCAAAAUUGCUUUUAAAAUGGAUCAUUUCUUUUUUAAAAGAAAGAGGAAUAAUGAAGCAAAAUAUGCAGAAGCAUGUUCAAGUUCUACUGCUGGAUCUGGAAGUAUGAAUAGUGACAAUAUUGAUAAAACUAUUGGCUCUAAUCUGCAAACAUCAACUUCAUUUGAGCCAUGUUUAAAAAAAAAAGUAACUGCAAGGCGUUGUAAUGAAGAUUAUUUAAAAUAUGGUUUUAUCAAAUGUGAAAAACCCUUUGAAAAUGACAGACCUCAGUGUCUUAUUUGUAAUAAUAUUCUUGCAAAUGAAAGCUUAAAACCUGCAAAAUUAAAAAGGCGCUUAGAAACACAGCAUGCUGAACUUAUUGAUAAGCCUCUUGAAUAUUUUCAAAGAAAGAAAAUAGUUGUAAAGUCAUCAACACAAUUUCUUAGCUGCUCUACUACUGUUAGUGAGAAAACCUUAUUAUCAUCAUAUUUAGUUGCAUAUCGUGUGGCAAAAGAGAAAAUGCCUCACACAGCUGCUGAAAAAAUUAUUCUUCCAGCAUGUUUGGAUACGGUGCGUACAAUUUUUGAUGAUAAAUCUGCUGAUAAAUUAAAAACGAUUCCUAGUAAUAACACAAUAUCUCUUCGAAUUUGUACAAUUGCCGAACAUUUAGAGGCAAUGCUUAUUACUCAGUUACAGUCGGGAAUGGAUUUUGCAAUCCAGCUUGAUGAAAGCACAGAUACUGGAAGCUGCACAGCACUUUUAGUCUAUGUAAGAUAUGCGUGGCAAGGCGAUUUUAUGGAGGAUUUUUUGUGUUGUUUAAACUUAACCUCACACCUAAGUGGAUUAGAUAUUUUCACAGAAUUAGAAAAGUGCAUUUUUGGUCAGUAUAAAUUAAACUGGAAAAACUGCAAAGGAAUUACAAGUGACGGAACAGCAAACAUCACUGGAAAACAGAGCAGAGUAAUUAAAAAAUUGCUAGAAGUUACUAGUGGUGUGUGGAAUCAUUGUUUUAUACAUCAUGAAGCAUUAGCAUCCAGAGAGAUUCCACAGAAGCUCAUGGAAGUAUUGAAAAAGGCAGUGAAAGUUGUUAACUUUAUUAAAGGAAGCUCAUUAAACAGCCGACUUCUUGAAACGUUUUGUUCGGAGAUUGGAGCUAAUUAUACCCACUUACUGUUUCACACCAAAGUUCGUUGGUUGUCUCAAGGGAAAAUACUGAGCAGGGUUUACGAACUCAGGAAUGAGAUACACGUUUUUCUUACUGAAAAGAAGUCUCAUUUGGCAACUAUUUUUGAGGAUGAUAUUUGGGUAACGAAACUGGCAUAUUUAACUGAUAUUUUUGGCAUCCUUAAUGAACUACGUUUAAAACUACAGGGGAAAAACAGUGACAUAUUCCAACAGGCCGAAUGUAUCCAAGGAUUCCAGAAGGCAUUACUGUUGUGGCAAGCGAAGCUUAAAAGCAAUCGUCCUAGCUACUACAUGUUUCCAAGGUUUUUGCAGCACAUUGAAGAGAAUGUUAUCAAUGAAAACAUUUUGGAAGAAAUAAAACUAGAGAUAUUGUUGCACCUCACUUCUCUCUGUCAAACCUUUAACCAUUUAUUCCCAGAAGAGAAAUUUGAAACAUUAAGACAGAAUUGUUGGGUAAAAGAUCCGUUUGCUUUUCGAAACCCAGAAUCAAUAAUUGAGUUAAACUUGGUGCCUGAAGAAGAAAAUGAAUUAUUGCAGCUCAGUUCUUCAUAUACAUCGAAGAAUGAUUAUGAAACACUAAGUGUAUCAGCAUUUUGGAUUAAGAUAAAGGAAGACUUUCCUUUGAUAAGUCAAAAGAGUAUCCUGCUAUUAUUACCAUUCACAGCAACUAGUUUGUGUGAAAUAGGAUUUUCGGUCUUAACCCAGUUAAAAGCAAAGGAAAGGACCGGAUUAAAUGGCGCAGCAGAUAUGCGAGUAGAAUUAUCCUCCUGUGUUCCAGACUGGAAUGAACUUAUGAAUGGGCAAGCACACCUACCACGUUAAAUAAAUCUUUUUUUUUUUAAUUGGAGUAUAGUCACUUUACAAUGUUGUGUAAACAAAUCUUACCUGGUUUUUGUUUCUGCAGUUCUCAUUUUGUGAUUUUUUUUUAUCUGUUGUAUUUAAAUGUUAAUAUAGCAGUGUAUGUGAUAACUUUGUUUUUAUUUUUGUUAUAUUUUAAUACUAAUAAAAUCAGUGUAAUUUUA